ACAUAUGAAGCAAACAAAUGCCACUCAAUAUAUUGAGACCCAAAACACUGCAAACGUUGCAAACAAUUGACUGAUUUGUGUCUUAAAUGUUGUUUUGUUGUGUCAGUCAAUGACUGGUCAAUCAAAAGGCAUCGACACUGCAAUUGUUUGGCAACACUGUUGAUGACAUUAUCACUGUCUUCAAUGAUGGUGACCACCAAUGAGUGUCACCACUAUUAAUGGCUUUAAAACAAUGAUCACAAAGAAAUAAAGAGUUUAUCGAUGAUUACAAUGUAUUCAAUGAUAAUCUGGUGAUUGGAUCUGUUAUUUGUGUCACAAUUAGCCUAUCAAUUGGUCAAACAAAAUGAGUGAAUUUCAAUGGAUGUACUCUUUGGUGGACUCGUCAAGAGUGUCGACAUUUCUCAUAUCAAUGUUACUCAUCGUUUACGGCAGCUUUCGAUCUCUUAAUAUGGAAGAAGAGGCAAAACAGAAAGAAAAAGACACUGGUAUUCAAAAUGCUGAAAACAACGUACAGACAUUGGACACAAUGCAGGCGUUGUGUCUACCAUUAGGAGCCUCUGUAUCACUACUCAUAAUGUUUUUCUUCUUUGAUUCGAUGCAAAUGCUAUUUGCCAUCUGUACGGCCGUGAUUGCCGCCAUAGCUCUGGCAUUUCUAUUACUUCCAAUGUGUCAGUACAUAAUGAGGCCGUGUACAGACAAAAAGAAGAUAUCAUUUGGAAUCUGUGGCCGUUUUACAGUCGCAGAGUUAGUCUCAUUUUGCCUUUCGGUUACAAUAGUCUGCAUUUGGAUCUUAACGGGCCAUUGGCUUCUUAUGGAUGCAAUGGGAAUGGGUUUAUGUGUUGCUUUCAUAGCCUUCGUACGGCUACCGAGUCUUAAAGUGUCGACACUUUUAUUGACUGGUCUUCUCAUAUACGAUGUCUUCUGGGUCUUCUUUUCGUCAUAUAUUUUCAGCUCUAAUGUUAUGGUUCGGGUGGCCACCAAAACAGCUGAUAAUCCGGUCGGAAUUGUAGCCAAACGGUUGCAUUUAAAUGGCGUCAAAGAUCCGCCGAAACUUUCACUUCCGGGAAAACUAAUAUUUCCGUCGAUGCAAAACUCGGGACACUUUUCUAUGCUAGGACUCGGAGAUAUUGUUAUGCCCGGUUUGCUGUUGUGUUUUGUAUUAAGAUAUGACGCUUACAAAAGAGCACAAUUGAAUUCAGUCGAAGCGGGGGUUCCGCCACCCAAUCAUUUCAAUAAAAUUACAUAUUUUCACUGUUCACUGAUUGGAUAUUUUUUUGGUUUAGUAACAGCUACCGUAUCGAGUGAAGUGUUUAAAGCAGCCCAACCAGCGCUUCUGUAUUUAGUUCCCUUUACAUUACUUCCAUUGCUGACAAUGGCUUAUAUCAAAGGUGAUCUUCGACGCAUGUGGUCUGAGCCGUUCAUUGCAUCAAAUCUUCCCAAACAUCUGGAAGUAUGAUAAUAAUCAACAAUUUUUUUUUAUAAUUUAAUACAAAUAUAUUUUAAACAAAACAUACACUCAUCAUGACUGUGAAUCUCUCAUUAAAUUUGUAAUAUAAUUAUAAAUCAUUAGACCAAUUGUGAGUCACAUCUA